UCUGCACUCUUCAGUUGAAUCAAAAUGAAGCUUCCACUAAUAUCCACUUGUCUUUCCUUGGUCGCAGUCACAUUUGGAGCCAAGUUGCCUUCCAGCUUUAUGAAAUGUAACCUAAAACAAACCGACUUCCAACAAUGCUUGACCAAAGCCGUUGAAGACGCGAUAAAGCAAAUGAAUCGACCCCUCAAAGGAGUGAAUUUGUUGAACUUAGGGCCCUUGGAAAUUCCCGGAAUGACUGUAGCCGCUGGAUCGCAAGUUUUGUACACCCAGCAAGUGUUCAAAAAUAUGAAAGUGUCCGGUUUUAACGAAACUACAUGUUCCAAAGUGGAAUUUGACACUGAUGAAAAGAUUCUUAAACUAGACUGUAUCGUGCCACACUUUAGAGUAGAGUUUGAUUACGAGGUAAACGGGCGGCUAUUUCUAGUAUCUAUUUACGGAAAAGGAAGUGGAUGGGCUGUUUUUGUGGAUAAUCACAUGCAGUUGACGUUCAAACUAGGAGAAUAUGAGAAAAAAGGCAAAAAAUAUUACAACGUGGUCAAACAAGAACUCAAAAUGUUGAUGACAGAUGUUGAAUUUGAUUUGGAGAAUUUGUUGGACGGUGACGAAGAGGCAGCCGAUCGUGUUAAAAAGGUCAUGAAGGACAAUAUACUAGAAAUUUAUGGAGACGUUAGAUCUGGUUAUGAGGAAGCUUUUGGGCUGGUGUUUGCUUCUGUUUUUGACAGACUUUUGGGGAAAGUGCCUGCUGUUUUUCUUUUCGGAGAAAAGUAAUAUUAAAUAGCUUGAUAUAAUGUUGUAACACACAAUAAAGGGUUUAACAGGUA